AUGAGAAGAGGACCGGAAGGAGCAAGUGGAGCUGAGGUGUUCGUCCUACAUACACCCCAUAUCACCGAAUCGCUACUUCCAAACUCUGAAAUAGAGAUAACCCUCCCACAUACAAAAACAACAACCAUGUCUGCAACUGAUAUUAUCGCUAUUCCAGCCAAUGCUAAUUUUGUAACUUUCGAUGAUCUCCGUCGCUCAACACAACAAGUUAUCGGUAGGCUUUUACGUUUUUGGGACGCACGGAAUAUCAAAAAGAAUGGAGAAUACAUGGGAAUUGUCCUGCUUCUCCUAGAUGAGAAGCUAAUAGUUUCCACUUCAUUGAACUCCAUUUUCUACCUCACCCCCAUCUCUAACUCCGGCUGUGAUGAUCAAUACCGCCCGCAAUUAAGAGAGGAUGCAAUUUUCAACAUAGAAGGAUUUGAAGUAGGAAGGUGCACUAAACUUUAUAAGAUCACUGAUCAUCCAUUUGUACUCCGUUUCCUUGCUUCCACAACAAUUGCUGAAAUGCAUGUUGUUAGCCCAACCAUAAAGCAUGAGAGAUUCAUGCUCCGCAACAUCGACCAUCUCCAAGCUUUAGCCAACCCUAACCUUGAACUUCCUGACGUGGUGGGCCAGAUCUGCUUUAUUCAAGGGUUAAACCUUGAUGAUCCAACUUCCACACAACACUUGGUAGCAUAUCUGACCACUGGUGACACAAUGCAUUCAGUCAUGGUGGUUACUAACAUCAAUCCUAAGCUGUUUGGAGGUAACCUAUACCUGAACUCCACACCUGCCACCAGAUUCUUCUUUGACAAUACCAUUCACGCAAUCCAACAAUUCACCACACGGAUGGGAAUACAAUCCAUUGAACCAUUUGUGCAAACAGAAACAAAGGACGGUAUUAGAAAGAAGGAGGCUGUUUCAAUUGCAAAACUCAAUGAUUUUAUCUCCAAAUCUAAUGAGCAGAGACAGGAAGCUGACUUCGUGUGCAAAGCAUGUGUACUAGGUGUACUGCAAAGAAAUGGUUGGUCUUAUGUUUCAUGUGCUGCAUAUAGCCGGAAACUAAGCAAAAGUGGGACGAAUCUUAAGUGCAACAAAUGCAUCUCAUGGAAUUUUUUGCUAUCUCAAAAUAUGAGUGUGGGUCAAAAAGAAAAGGAUUUCUCAAAAUGGAUUCUACAAGUAGGAGACGGAGUAGCAUUGAAGGCGAACCAGGAAGUAGAGAAAUAUACAGAAGAAGAAAGCAUCCUGAUUGAUGACAAUCUAUUAAUACCAGAAACAGAUAAGCCGUUAGAGAAGCUAUGCAAGUCUGAUUUGGACAAACUUAAAGAGUCAGCUAUUUUGAAACCAAGAAAUGAGACC